GCGCGCGCCGGCAGUUCGGCCACGUCCCCGGCCACGUAGCGCCCGCUCUCGCCAUCUUCGCCGCUUCCUCUCAGGCGCCGCCGAGCUCCGGGUCGCCGCGCCGCCCGCCGCCGCCCGCCGCCGCCAUGAACAUCUUCCGGCUGACGGGGGACCUGUCCCACCUGGCGGCCAUCGUCAUCCUGCUGCUGAAGAUCUGGAAGACGCGCUCGUGCGCGGGUAUUUCUGGGAAAAGCCAGCUUCUCUUUGCACUGGUCUUCACUACCCGUUACCUGGAUCUUUUUACUUCAUUUAUUUCAUUGUAUAAUACAUCUAUGAAGCUGAUCUACCUUGCCUGCUCCUAUGCUACCGUGUAUCUGAUCUACAUGAAAUUCAAGGCGACCUAUGAUGGGAAUCACGACACCUUCCGAGUAGAGUUUUUGGUGGUCCCUGUGGGAGGCCUUUCAUUUCUUGUCAAUCAUGAUUUCUCUCCUCUGGAGAUUCUGUGGACCUUCUCCAUCUACCUGGAGUCAGUAGCCAUCCUUCCCCAACUGUUCAUGAUCAGCAAGACCGGGGAAGCGGAGACCAUCACCACCCACUACCUGUUCUUCCUGGGCCUCUACCGCGCUUUGUAUUUGGUCAACUGGAUCUGGCGCUUCUACUUCGAGGGCUUCUUUGACCUCAUUGCCGUGGUCGCUGGAGUUGUCCAGACAAUUCUUUAUUGUGACUUCUUCUACUUGUACAUCACAAAAGUCCUCAAGGGAAAGAAGCUCAGUCUGCCAGCGUAAGUGCCAGUGAACAUCCCCAGCAUCUGUCCUUCAGGGUGCUCGGACAGAAUUCUUACCACAGCAGAGGCACAAGAUGCUUGAGACAGAACAGCAGAAACUUCACUCUUUGGUUGCAGAUAGUCAUCCGUGGCUCUGGAAGAACCCAGACAAAAAAGAACCAGAAGGUUUCUGUUUUAUGCAUCUUGCCUUAUCUUUUUUUAUUACUAUGUACAAAGAUUUUUUUACACAAAGAAACCUAAUGCUGUAUUAAUAAAUUCAGUGUGUAGCUUCAAUUGGGGUAGUCCUAAAAGUGAAGAUUUGUGAGGAAUAAGUGCAAACUUUUUUUAAUUCUUUGAAAUGGUUGAUUUUUCUUUUGUGUCUGCAAUGAAAUUAUAUUCCUUGACAGUUGGUAGAUUACAUACUCUUUCAUCUAUCAAACUUGCAUUCCUCUAUAUUUAUUUUAUUUUGCCAAAAAGCAAAGUUACCUUGUUUGCAUCUGAGACACACUACUUUCCAUUCGGAAUCUCCGUCACAGUAUCUCCUCCCAGGGGCAUCCUGUGAGGAUGUCAUGACACUACGUUUCUGGCUGUCAGGAGCACUUCCAAGUCUCCAGCUUUUCUUGACCAACAUUUAGAUUCUCAGUGUAAAUGGCGUCUCAUUUCAGUGUCACCAAAGGUGCCUGCCCUCCUCCCCUGCUAUAAGCAGUGUCAGUUUGAGUCUGUCCCAAGCUUGUUUGAAACAUUUAAUUGUGGGCAGCCAUCUUGCGUAUGGGACUUUAGGAACACGUUGAUGAUUUGGGUUUAGGACUCUGCUCCCCCAGGAAGGGAACAUAAGUUGUGACUUGAAUUUACAGUCUGAAAAGAUUACUGCAGCCAUGUCCAUGCUCAGACUCAAAAUGCUUUUCUUAACACUCUGGGUAGUACAUGAUUGACAUUUUUCCUUCAUCGCGGCACCAAUUGCCAUUCCUUAUGCUCUUAUUUUUUGUUGUUUUGACUGAGCUCUUGCAUGAUUUAUCUUGUGUUACCAUCCCAAAUAAACAUUUUAUUAAACAUAGAA